GCUCAGAAGCCAUCCAAGAGAAAAUUAACAAAAAGGACAAAGGGGAGGGGGGGAAAAAAACCCAAAAAUAACAGUAAUAUCUCUCCAGCCACCACUCCGGCCGCCGGAAUCUUGCGGAAUCUCAAGAUGCCGGCCAAAUUUUCCGCUUAUAGAAACCCUCCGUCAUUCUGAAACCCUAGUUUUGACGUUGGUCAUGGUGGGGUUUUCUCUGUUCCCGAUGAAAAUCUCGACUCGUCUUCUGUGGAGUACCAGCUUCUUCCGCCAUAAGUUCAUCGUCUUCUUCUAAGAAAAACCCUAGCUUUGUCUCCCUUCGUUCGUAUAAAGUUCGUUCUGCUGAUUUUCUUGUAUAGCCGUCGGGAAAAGAAUCGAAUUUGGUUGGAUCCGAGGCGUAAUAAGUCAUGGAUUCUGGCCGUCUGAUCUUCAAUUCCUCUUCCUCUUCUUCUUCUUCUCGCCAUGGGCACAUGCUCUUUCUCGGCCGAUCUGGGAACUCGAUCUUUCAAGGUGGGAGCUGGAUGGCGGGCAUGGAGGAAGCGAGCGCAAACAAGCGUCGACCCUUCUUCACUACUCAUGAAGAGCUUCUUGAGGAAGAGUAUUACGACGACCAACUCCCUGAGAAGAAGCGUCGCCUCACUACCGAGCAGGUGCAGCUGCUGGAGAUGAGCUUUGAGACAGAGACCAAGCUGGAGCCUGAGCGCAAGACUGAGCUUGCAAAGAAGCUCGGGCUACAGCCUCGGCAGGUGGCCGUCUGGUUCCAGAACCGGCGAGCUCGUUGGAAGAACAAGCAGCUAGAGAGAGGAUUUGAUCGUCUGAAGGCGGCUUAUGAUUCCCUUUUGGCUGAUCAUGAAUCUCUUCUUACAGAUAAUGCUCGCCUUCGCUCUCAGAUUACCACCCUCGCUGAGAAGCUCCAGACCAAGGAACUCACUGUGGCCGAGCCUGCUGGUGAGUCUGUCACAGGUAGCAGAAUGGGUGGCAUGGUGGAUGGAGACAGCCUGCAGCUCGUCGACAGCAGCAGUGGGUCAGAGUCCUACUUCCACAACACCUUCAGCGGCCACUGCAUCGUGGAGGCUGUGGGUGGUGGCGGGGUCCACUCUGAGGAAGAUGAUGGAAGUGAUGAUGGAUGCAACAUUGCUCGAUCUCCUCUGUUCUGUUGGUAAUUUGUGUCAUAUGUCUGCAUUACCUGGUAUGUGGUAUAUAAGUGGCAUGGAAUAAGUAUUCACGUCCUCAUUAAAGAUAAGACAUUUCUUGCUUGGUCAAGGAAUCCAUGUAAAAUGCUAGCAAAACAACUUAUUUGGUACCAAUUUCAAUAUAUCUGGUAUGUUUGAGGUCAAGGAAUCCAUGUAAAAUGCUAGCAAAACAACUUAUUUGGUACCAAUUUCAAUAUAUCUGAUCUGUAUGAUUCUGUGGU